AUGAAUCAAUUUUAUCCUGAUGUUUUCCUCGAUAUAGCGCAGACUUUUGACCGUGUAUGGUAUGAUGGCCUACUAUACAAACUCAAACUUUUUCUACCUGCGCCAUAUUAUCUAAUUAUUCGCUCAUAUCUUGAAAACCGCUCAUACAAAAUCCGAUAUGAUAGCUCAUACUCACCACACUUUUCCAUUAAAGCCGGUGUGCCCCAAGGCAGUGACCUUUCUCCUGACCUAUUCAAUAUUUAUACGGUCGACAUACCAGUUACAACAAACACCAAUUACGCAGACGAGACCGCAAUACUUUGUGCUAAAAAUGACCCUGACGAAACAUCCAACUGUUUACAAACACACUUAGAUUCCAUCGACAACUGGGCAACCAAGUGGCGUAUAAAAAUAAAUCCAGACAAAUCUGUUUAUGUACCAUUUACGUUAAAAAGAACAGUACCCCCAGCUGUUCACUUGCAAGGUACUCAAAUACCAUCAUCUCCAAAUGUCAAAUAUCUCGGAAUUACCAUUGAUAAAAGAUUAACCUGGGGCCCACACCUUAAACUAAAAAGAAAAACUCUCAACAGCCGUCUCCACCUACUUCAUCCGAUUUUAAAGUCAAAACUACCAGUGCACACGAAACUUAUAAUGUAUAAAUCUCUCUUGCGUUCAAUAGGGGUAUAUGCAAUCCAAAUCUGGGACUGUGCAAAGCCGUCACAAAUCGCACGAUACAAGCAUUCCAGUCCAUUACCCUUCGUAUGA